ACUAAGUAAGCAAUGCGCUGCCAUUGUGGGUGCCGUUGCCCUAAUUAAUGCUGGGCUCUUCAUUGAUGUGCCUUCUAGGGGUUGAAAAUGAAACCUCAUUCCUCUCCGUUUCUGAACUUUGGCAACUUUUCAUAUUUUUAUUUUUUUUCUGACUUCAAGACAACACAGAGGAUCUUGGUCACUUCCUUGGAAACUCUGACCCUCAGUUUUGUGCUUCUGCUCGCACUCGUUGGGAACCUUGGCGCCAUAGCUCUGCUUGUCAGGGGCCGGCUGCUGGUGAAUAAACACUGCUUUGUGCUGAACCUGUUUGUGGCGGACCUCCUCUUUGUCAGCGCAAUUCCUCUCAUCAUCAGUGUCCGCUGGACCGAGUCUUGGAUACUGGGGGUCCCAGCGUGCCACUUGCUCUUCUAUGUCAUGAGUAUCAGUGCCUGUGUCACAAUCACCACCUUAGCCACCAUCAGCCUGGAAAGAAUGCAUGCCAUCCUACACCUUGAGCUGGUGCCAGUGUUUAAUGGAAAGUUUGUGUUGAGUGCCCUAGCCUUUAUUUGGCUGUCUUCAGCUUUUACCUCUCUGCCAUUCUGCUUGUUUUUCCAUGUGAUUACUGUUACAGUUCAUGGCAAGGAACAGAAAGUGCAGAUUUGUACAAUGAUGUGGCCAAAUGUGCCAGGAGAAAUUUUUUGGGAAAUUACAUUUACCAGCCUGGAUUUUGUGAUUCCCGGAUUAAUCAUCAUUAUUAGCUAUGUCAAGAUUUUGCAGAUUAAGAGAUCUUCACGAGAAAGACUGCAGUGUCGCACAGAAAAUCACAUUCUGGUAUCCAGGCAAGACUUAAAACUUUUCCGAACUUUACUUCUGCUAAUGGUUUCCUUCUUUCUAACUUGGAGCCCAAUAUUCAUCACAAUGUUUCUGAUUCUGCUGCGGAACUUUCAGAGCGGCCUCCUCGUCUCUUCCUCACUCUUCUUCUGGGUUGUCGUCUUUACUUUCUCCAGCACCAUUCUCAACCCGGUUUUGUACGGCGUCAGUCACUUCAGGGCCAAGCAGUUUCGUUCUUUUUGCUGCUUUACGGUGGUUCCCAGAUGUAAGAUUUCUAAUAUGGUCAACAUUCAAGAAAUCCCACAACUACCGCAGGAACGAAUAACCUGAAGUGGGGAAACCUAAAAAAAGCCCAACCACUUGAGUCAGCCUCAUCAUUUGGAACCUCUGGCUUUGAGUUUUAAAUUUUUCAUUUGUAUUCCAACUUUAGGACAGAUUUUGCAAAAUGAAAUUGGCAAAGGAACAUUUCAGAUGUAUUUUAUAAUAAAAA